AUUCUAUAAUGAGCAAAUUUCGAGCAAAUGAGCGUAACUAUUUAGAACGAGCCAGGCUUUACAUUUAGCUGUAAUGUGCAAUUUUGAAAUUUUGCCGUACACGUAGGGCAAACACACAAACCGAAACUGACGCCGCUGUCGCGUUGGGCUUUUUGCUGCUGCCUCGUUAUUGGAUGCUCCGCGGACUCCGCACGUUACGCAUGGCGUGACGUACCACUUUGCGUCUGCCUGUCUAGGGAAAGGGAACUGCUGCUGCCGCCACGACGGUCUCUGGCCCGCGAAUUCUUUUGGCAACCAGUCAAGUCAUGUGUCUUUGGGCUAUGGUCUUGGGGUCUUGGUGACCUGUUGGCCGAAGCAUCAAUCCUCACAGCCCAGCAAGUGCGAAAUAGGAGCACUAGCUGCCAUUUUCUGCGGAUCAAUUGAGCUUGGUUCCUGUUCAAGAUGAAAGAGUCACCAAUUCCGCUGCAGUCUAAGAGGUCUCCGCAUUCUCAUCGUUCUCCAUCAUCGGAUGCACACGAGAAACCUGACACGGAAAGGACGCAGAGUAUAGUGCACUUGGAACACAAUGUAGAUGAGCAGCAACACAAUGAGCAGCCACAGGAAACCAAGAAAAAGUUCUUGCAGUGCCCUCCAAGUGGUCCAGUGGCUCAGGUCUUGGUCUUUGUUAUCAUGCUAGUCUUGGUCUGGAGCUCACUCUGGGGGUUGGUUGGAAAAGAGGCAGAACCUGGAGGACAUUUCUUUUCACUUUUCUUCUUGAUUUUCCUGUGCUACAUUGCUGGAAUGUUUGCAAAGUUAAUCCAGCUGCCUCCCUUACUUGGAAUGCUUAUUAUGGGCUUUGCUUUACGGAACAUUGAUGCAAUCGAUAUUGCGCAGUACAUUGAUCCUGUGUGGGGAGGUGAUCUGAGGAGCAUGGCCCUUAUUCUAAUUCUUCUAAGGGCAGGACUGGGUCUCGACCCUGCAGUGCUGCGUAACCUCAAAGGGGCGUGUUUGAGGCUGACCUUCUGUCCUUGCCUAACAGAAUGCCUCAUCGUCACCAUUGCAUCACAUUUUUACCUGGGAUUUCCUUGGCUCUGGGGAACACUUCUAGGGUUUGUCUUGGCAGCGGUAUCACCUGCUGUAGUUGUGCCAAGUAUGCUGUGGUUACAAACUGAAGGCUAUGGCAUGGACAAAGGAAUUCCAACACUAGUCAUGGCUGCAGCCAGCUUUGACGAUGUCGCCGCCAUUACAGGGUUCGGUGUUGCCAUGGGUGUAGUCUUUGCCACAGGAGACUUAGCCUGGACUAUAGCUAAGGGCCCCGUGGAGGCAAUAGUUGGAAUGUUGUACGGUGGAGUAGUAGGCCUUAUACUUUGGUUCCUCCCUGAUAAAGAUAACAAUCAAAAGGGAACAUUACGGACUGCACUGUUGAUAGCCUCUGGUGUCACCGUGAUGUUUGUCAGCAGAAGGUUCGAAUUUGGAGGGUCUGGAGCACUGGGCUGUAUCUCAGUUGCGUUUGUAGCUGCAUUCGGCUGGAAAAGAGAAACUGAUGGAGAAGCUGCCGCAUCCAAGACUUGUUCGCUGCUCUGGGAAAUUUUUCAACCCACCUUAUUUGGGUUGAUUGGAGCCGAGGUACAAUUAAAGAACCUCGAUAAGGCAACGAUAUUUUUGGGGCUGGCCGUGAUAGGAACAGCAUUACUGUUUCGUAUUACUGUAACGUUUCUCGUUGUCUAUGGUUCAAACCUUACUGUAAAGGAGAGACUCUUUGUUGCAAUAGCUUGGUUGCCAAAGGCUACUGUCCAGGCUGCAAUUGGAUCAUCAGCCUUAGACUUUGCAAGAACUAUCAAAGCUGAUGACGAAGUCAUAAAACUAGCAACUCAGGUGUUAACAAUAGCAGUGCUUUCAAUCCUUGUGACUGCACCGACGGGUGCCGCAGCAAUUGCAUUGUCUGCACCAAGACUGCUUCACAAAACCAAACCCGACGAAGCAGAUGGUGUAAUACCAGUACAGCCAGAUGCGAAUAGACAUUAAGUAGACUGGACAUUGCCAGUAUGUGAUUAUAAUGAAAGAUCAGUGCCACAUAGUAGGAUGAUACUCAUCUGUUUAUUUACUAUUAUAAUUAUAUUUUAUGUUAUACAUGUACAAUGAAAGAAAUUUUGGUACAUAACGGAAUCUGUACUUAUUUAUAUUCUGAUUUAUUUAAUUAAGACGACAAUAAAGGUAUAUUUUUAUACUCCUGU